AUGCCAAAACGAUUCUCUGUCAUUAUUGUAGGUGCAGGUCCAGUUGGACUGAUCACAGCCCUGAAGCUUGCUCGGGCAAACGUGAGUGUGGCAGUCCUGGACCGAUCACCGACGACCAACGAGUCCCCGCGAGCUCUUCUUUACGGCUUACCCGCUGUCAAAGUUUUCCAUGAAGCAGGCGUAGCAGAUGAGCUUCGGGCAGCUGGACAGACGCCCACUCGGGUAUCAUGGCGCAAGCGCGACGGUGAAGUUCUGGCCAAGUUAGAUGUCAGGUACCCCAAAAGAACUCAGGAUCAGACACUAGUCCUCCCAGUAGGCGACUUGACAGCGAUUCUGCACCAAAUUCUGCUGAAAGAAGCCACUGCAACGGUGGAAUUCAACCAUGAAGUAACUGGCAUAAGAGAAGAGUCCGGCAAAGCCAUUCUCGACGUCGACAUCCAUGGGGUGAAAAAUGGCGAGCACGACAAGUCGCAUACAAUAUACGAGGCGGAUUUCGUGGUUGGGUGUGACGGCGCUCGCAGUACUAUUCGCCGAAGCCUCUUCGGACGCGACUUCCCUGGUAUAACAUGGGACAGGCCACUAAUUGCGACUAAUGUGACAUUCCGAUUCGAUGUUGGUGACUACGACGACGCUAACUUCAUACACGACCCAGAACAUGGCCAUCUUUGUUCUAGAAUCAACGGCAAGGAUCUCUGGCGAGUAGCUUACGUUGAACAACCAGAUUUGACCCUAGAAGACUACAAAGCUCGUCUUCAUCCUAAGUUGAAGGCCUUGUUACCUGGCAAUCCAGACCCCGAGCAGUACACGGUAGAGGCAAUGAAUCCUUACCGAAUACAUCAACGCCUAGCGCCUUCACUUCGUGUUGGUCGAUUCCUUCUUGCCGGAGAUGCGGCGCACUUGAAUAACCCUUACGGUGGACUAGGGCUCACCACGGGAAUUGUGGACGCCGGAGCCGUCAGCGAUUGCCUCAUCGGGGUGUUGUCCGGCAAUGCAGAUGAUACGAUUCUGGACAAGUACAGCGAGAUCAGACGGGAGAUCUUCACUAAUUUCUCGGACAAGUAUAGCCGAGAAAAUUACCUGCGGGUUAUAGACAGUCAUCCCGAGACUCUUGCCAAGAGAGAUCCCUUCAUUCAAGCGUGCAAGGCGAGCGAGACCGACUCAGUAGUCUCGGACGCCUUGAACGAGUGGCCAAUGGCCCUAUAUCACGACUUCACUAUGUAUUACAACAAGAAGGCCGCGGCAUAA